AUGAAGCACUCAAUAGGUGGCGCGCUGCGUAAUCGCAGUGAGUCGAAGAGUAUGGUCAUGCCCCUCUAUGCGCGAUCGUUGCCUCAGGCUGACUUGAAGAUUCCAGGCAAUCGCUCUUCUUCAGAGGACACACGCGAAGCCGCGGAUGAGGACACUAUGGUUAUCGAACCCGAACAGGGAAACAGUGAGAUUGAUCUUACGAUACCUGAGGAGAAGGCCGUGCUAACAACGAACAUCAGUCCUGUUACACAUUAUCUCACAACUGCGCCCUGGCGCCGACCUGUCCAGAAUCACCCUCCCGACCUUCAUCCUCGAGGAAAGAUCAAUGCUAGAGAGAAUAACAAAGUAACGCGUUCGUCCGAGGGAACAAGUACGAUCAAAAGCUUACGGGGUGCUUCUAGUUUUAUGGCCCAUCCUGAUACCCUUCUCCCGAUGCCUUCUAUCGACGACCCGAUUGAACGAUUUAUCUCGGUUGUCAAGUUCUAUCUGAGUGGCUGGCAUAUCAGACCUGCUGGUGUCAAGAAACCCUUGAACCCGAUCCUCGGGGAAGUGUUCACCUGCUGGUGGGAAUAUCCAGACAAGACGCGAGGUUACUAUAUUUCGGAACAGACGUCCCAUCAUCCCCCAAAGUCGUCAUAUUUCUUCAUGGCACCGCACCACCAUAUUCGGGUUGACGGUACUUUGAAGCCUCGCAGCAAGUUUCUCGGCAACUCGGCGGCUAGCAUGAUGGAAGGCAUAUCAUACUUGAGAUUCACAAACCGAGGAAAGUCCAAGGGUGGAGAAAAAUACAUCCUAACGCAACCCAACAUGUACGCCCGUGGGAUUCUUUUCGGUAAGAUGAAGUACGAGCUGGGCGACCAUUCCUACGUGCGAUGUCCGGAGAAUGGGCUGGCAGCAGAUAUUGAAUUCAAAACCAAGGGUUGGGUUGGGGGCACCUACAAUGCUAUUGGAGGGGUUAUCAGAAAUGAGCGAACUGGAGAAGUCCUCUAUGAAUUGUCAGGAUACUGGUCCGGGGAGAUGACGAUCAAGAAUACCAAAACCGGACAGAAAAAAGUGCUCUUUGACGCCACACAUGCCAAACAUGCCCCUCCUUUGACCCGGCCAAUUGAAGAACAGGGCGAACGCGAAUCGCAAAGACUUUGGAAUUCGACGGUGCAGGCAGUGCACGCGAGGGACCAUGAAGUUGCUACAACCGAGAAAGCCAAAAUUGAAGAUCGGCAGCGAGAAGAGGCCAAACGAAGAGAAGAACUGGGUGUUGAGUGGAAGCCCAAAUUGUUCCGGCGGGUGGAUGCACGGCCUGGAUCCCCUGAAGAAGGCGAGGAGGAUCUGGAGUGGAUCAUUAAUGCGCAUUUGGAUCCCAAGGCCUCGCCGGAUGAGCUUGUGGAAAAAAUUCUCUCCAUAGCGCCUAUACUUCCAGGCCAAGUUGCAACCUCCGACCAAGAAACGAGGCGCCACUCUCUCGUGCAGAAUGAACAUGGCUCUCAUCAAGCAGGAGGUCAUCUGCACGCCUCUGACAAUCUGAUUGAUUUCGAUUCCCGGCCCCCAAGCACAGCGCCGCCGGAGAAACAUUCGACACAAGGGAACUCACAAUCACAACAUACUGAACAGCAAAAGACGGCGAAUUUGAUGGAUGAUGACCAUGAAGAAAUGUCUCAUAUGAAUAACCAAAUGUCGAAAAUGAACAUGCACGAGGCAAUGGUACCAGAAGGCCAAAAACCACUGAGAAGGGCAGACACAGACACUAGCGAGGUGGAUCUGUUUGUUGAUGCCGAAAGCUGA